AGGUGAUCAAAAUGCUGUCUACGGUAGUCAUACUGUUUGGCGUGUGUUGGCUCCCGAUCCACAUCUUCUCAAUGCUGGUCUACUUUUACCCCCAAAUACUGAACGCUAAGACUAAAGUGGCGUACAAUGUAUACGUCGGCACAUAUUUCUUCUGCCACUGGAUCUCACAGUUUCAUUCACUCGUCAAUCCUAUUGUCUACUGUUUUAUGAGCGAAAAUUUCAGAAAUAGUCUGCGAUCGUUAAUACAGUCGUGUUUUACGCGGAUUAAGACAUGCGAUCGACGCGAGGAAUGGGAAGUAAAUAUCACUCAAGACCAGAGCCUCUCCUCAUAUAACAACUCAAACGCUCUCAGAGUUACUGAAUAUAACAACAAGAAUAGGAUUCUCGACGAAGACUUUCUGUAGUCAAUCAAUGGUAGAGAGAGAGAGAGAGAGAGAGUAGA